AUGGCCUCGUCCUCCGGGAGCGGGAGAUCCUCGAAGCCAUCGAAGCCCUCGGGAGGCCGCCCUGCCGGCGGGAUCCGGACGCUGGCUGAUCUGAAUCGACGGCCUUCCCCCGGCUCGGACUCUGAAGAUUCCGACGGUCCGCAAGAGUAUUAUACUGGUGGCGAAAAGAGGUGAAAAACCUAUACUUUUUCUGUUCCUUUCUCGCUCUAUAGCAUCUUGUAUGGAUCAAUUUUUGCGGAUCGCGUUUAUUCCCCGUAGAUUAGAUAGAGAGAUAGGGCGAGAGAGAGGAGUCUUCCGGAAAGAGUUCACAGUUGUCACUACUUUCCCUCUCCGCAGCGUGAAGAAUAGCUUCUGUUGAGGAAGAUUGUGGAAUUGCUUUCAAGAACUCUUAGCUCCUCUGAUGCGGGAGAUUGUGGUUCUCUAUGAUGGUCUUAAGAGUGGGUCUAAUCAUGUUGGAAACCCUUGGUAGAGCCUUGAGGGUUAAAUGCCUGUCACAAUAAGCUGUUGGGAACACAGAUCAUGCAGCAGGUCCAUUCAAGGAAAACACCCGAACGAUUUUGGAAUAUGGAGAGUGAAUACUACUGGCUGUCCAGCCAUCGUUAUGCUCUCUUUGGACAGGAUUCAUAUGGAGGCCAUCAGUAAAGUGAAUAUCCACGUGUGAUAACCUUCUAAAGUGAAGGCUGAAUGCAAAAAAUUGUAGCACAUCUGUUCUUCAAUCAAGGCUACUGUUGACCAUGUAUUUGUGGGACGCAGUGCAGCACUAUUUCUACAUUAUAAUACAGAUAUUGUUGGAUCGAGGUUUUAACGUUUAUUUCCUUGUGCUCAAGCGCAUAUGUCAGUAGACUCUGUACCGUAAUUGAAAAUGCCCUUUCAGAUCAUUGACUAAAAGGUGCUCAUUUGAGAAACUUUGUGGAGUUUUGUGGAAAUGGAAUGAAUGCCGAGUUGUGAAGUAGUCCAGAAAGAAAAAUGUUUCUCGCCAUUUCUAGGACAUCUUUUCACCUAAAAGUUUUUUUUGGGGGGGGUUAGACCCGGUCAUGUUCCUGAAAUGAGUUCCUUUUUAUCCAAAUGUAGAAUCAGCAUGAUUUUAUUUGUUAAGGGCCGACUAAUGUUGGGAUACUUCUCCUUUUUCUUUCUUUUGAAACUUGUAAUCUUCUAUUGCACUCAUCAGCAUAUUUGGGCUACUUCGAUCUGACCUAUUACAAUGGUUGCGUGGGUCGUUUGAAGCUCCACUUCUUUGCUUGGAAUGGUUACUACAGGUGAAUUAGGAAUAUCCUUGGAGAAGGACAUGAGUUGCUGGCCAUUAACUGUCUCUCCUAGCCAGGAAUUUUAUUUUUUCAGAUCUAAAUUUAGCUUUAGUACAAUUAGGAUUUCGCCAAAUGGUGUUUUUUCUUUUUCAGAGUUACUAUUGUUUAAACAGUGUUUCAUGCUUUGUCACUUGUUUUAUGCAUUGAAUCCUUACAGACCCAGCUAAGGCUCGCUCAUCUCACGGCUUGCUUGGGCACAAUAUCUUUCUCUUCCAUUCGUACUAUCAUAUCACUAUUCUCUAUAUGGAUCUUACUUUUAAUUGCAUUGUAACGUUUUUCAACUUGGCAUAUGAAUGUGAAUAUGCCGUAAUCCGUGAAUGUAACCGAUUUACUUUGUGCAUGUUUUUCUUAGUGAUUAUUUCUACACAAAUGGAUAGACAUGAUUUCUUGUCUUGCUCUUUGUUAGUAAUUGUAACAGUCAACAAUGUGGGAGGUGUUUGAAUGUAUCUCUCUAUGUGUGAAGUUUCAAGAGUUCAGUGUAUGAUGGGAUAUAUUUGUGUUAAUAGAUGGGCGAAGUCUUGUAAAAGUACAUGGGAUGAGGGAUCUGUUCGGUGAGACCAGUAUUGCUCUUGGUCAGCCAUGUAAGAACUCUAAGGGAGGCCAUGUGAAGCCAAGGAAGCCAACGAAAAACAUAAAUACUAGAUUAAGAAACUGAAUAAAAUAGAAAUCAUAGGAAAAUUGUUCAAGAGCUAUCACUAAAAGAGGCCAGAAUGCCUCCAUAAUGUCAUUACCUCCGUUGAAGGUUACUGGUUGAAUGUAAUUCUUGCCAGGACCUUGUAAUGUUUUGUUAGAAAGUUAUUUGCUUGGAUGGAGUUUUGUUUGCACUUGAUAUUCUUUGCUGAGUAGAUUUGACUUGGCUCCUCCAUCUGGUUUCUCCUUUUUGCUCUAAACUUUCGAACUUAACCUUUAGAUGUAACAAAUAUUUGUUCAUUUUCUUGGGAGGAAUUACUCAGUGAAUCGGUGGUAUUUUUGUCGCUCAGCGUUGGAUCUUAACUGACGCUGUUGGUGUAAAUAUUUCGCAGUGGAAUGCUAGUUCAAGAUCCUUCGAAAAGUAAUCCUGAUGUUGAAGCAAUAUUUGAGCAAGCUAGACAGAUGGGAGCAACACAGGGACCCAUGGAACAUCAGCCAUCUUCAGGCUCUAAAAGUUUCACUGGAACUGGUAGGCUACUCUCUGGUGAAACCGUGCAGGUUGCCCCCCAGCCACCUGAGGAGGUCCUACACGACGUGGUUUUCUGGAUUGAUGGUUUCACUGUGAAUGAUGGUCCAUUAAGGAGGUUCGAUGAUCCUGAAAAUGCAUCUUUCUUAGAGGUAAGGUUCUGCAUUUUCAUUGGAAACUAACCAAAUUUUUACCCAUGACCACAUGAUGUUUAUUAUGUUUUGCGCAUAUUGCAAGUACUUAUCACCGCCUUUCAAUCUUCAAGUGAUUCUAGUUCUUUGUUUGCUUGUUGAUUUUUAACUGGCUUUUACCGUCUUUGGAGUGAUGGAAUGCUUACUUAUCAUGAUUUUUGAAAUGAUUUUGAGUCUCUAGGAGUUUCAAUUAAAUUGUUGGGUGAAAGAGAGAAUCGUGUGAACAUAGGCUAGGAAGAAAAAAAACUCACCUGCUGCAGUUACAAUGGCAGUGCCACCUGUGUGAUCCAUCGGCCAAGAAAAAAAAAAAAAAAAAACCAGUGCGCUUUUUUUUGUGCUUUCUUCCUCUUCUUCACGCCAACUCCAAUGCGAGGCGUGCCAUUUUUGGCAAAUGCAUGGACGUUUAUAUAGGGAACUGCAGUCAUCAUCUUCUUGCCUCUCCUGAUAGUCUUGUCCGAGAAGUUCAUUGCUUUGUUCUUCUAUCCUCCCAGAGUAUCAAGAAAUCUGAAUGCCCGAGGGAGCUUGAGCCAGCAGACAGGAGAACUGCUGUUCAUGUGAAUCUCUCGAGGAGGGAACAGAACUGCCCAGUGAGUCUCUCUCCCCCAUGGGCAUUCCUUCUCUGCACUCCCUGGUCCAAAUCCCCCUAUGCCUAAUGGACCAUUUUCCUUUGCUUGUAGGAACCCGUGAAGCGCUUCAGCGCAUUUGUCGGCAUUGGGAGAACUCUAAGCACCGUGCCCGCCGCUGCCGGGUCACCCUCGCCGGCACCCGCCGCCACCUCUACCGAUGGUGCCACUGGGUCUCCGCCCGGCGGGCUUUCGGUGGACGAGUCGCUCCCAUCCACCUCAAUUCAGCUUAGGCUGGCGGACGGAACUCGCAUGGUUGCCCGCUUCAACAAUCACCAUACAGUCGGAGAUAUCCGUGCCUUCAUUGAUGCCUCGAGGCCUGCCGCAGAAAGGGGCUACCGACUGCAGACCAUGGGCUUCCCCCCGACGCAGCUCACGGACCUUGCUCAGACCAUUGAACAGGCGGGACUCGCUAACUCAGUGGUCAUCCAGAAAUUGUAG